ACCCGGAAAUACAAAGUCUGCUAGGUGACGAGCUGCUUUAACGGGAUCAGGACGCAGUGGAGCUGUUAUCAUCUAAUAAAGAACAUGUGCAGUAUUUCUUGCUCUGGUUGUUUUGAAGCCCAGUGUCUGCCAUAUUGAAGCCGCUCGUAUAAAGCUAACCCGUCGAUCUGGCGACAGCACCAGCGUUUGUUUCAAUUCAUGGACAAAGACAAGUGUAGCGACAUUCAUGGUCAGUGUUCCUGGAUGGAGAUGCAUCAGUUCAUUGACCUCAUCACAUCUGGAAACGCCUCCAAGGAUCAGCCAGAUGUGUUAAACGCGGCGUGGGGCGUGGCUGCUGCCGGUGGCGGGGGUGAGGCUCUGGGGUUCAAAGGUGCUUCACUGGAACCUCUACAACAACCCAGACCUACCCGGGAUAAGUCAGAGACAGAGCCGGGCCGACAGAUCCAGCCCGGGGCGCCACAGAGGAAGCGAGAGACCAGAGACAGGAGAGAAGAUCUGCAUUAUGCCUGCACCUGCCCCGGCUGCCCUUACUCCACUUCCCCGUCUUCCUUUGAGAUUUUGAAACCCAGACAGUCUUUGUCCUCGCCGCCACGCCCGGACGCAGUAUGCCACCACUUACCGGACACCGAACCGAGCAGCAGCACCGCCAGAUCCGAGCCAGAGAGUACGACGACCAGCCGACUGCAGAGGGAGGAGGCAGACAGAGGGACUCGGAGCCCAGACCACAACUCCGACACUCCACCUUCCAGAGCGUCCUCCUUGUCCCACGUCUCUAUGUUUCCCUGCUUGUGCUGCCAUCGCAGCCUCCAGACCUGCAGCCAGAUCCUGAGCCACCAGGAAGGUGCAGACUCCCCGUUUUCCCACACCCACGCCCAUCAUCAUUUUCAUCACCACCACUGCCCUGUAACCUCUUGUUUACCCUGCCCUCAGCUUGCCCACUCCCAUCCUCCACAGAUCUCUGCCCCCUUUCCCUGCUUGCCUUGCCAGCGGUCCUUUCCCACCUGCACCCAGGUGUGCCACCACCAGCACAGACAAACGCCUGCUCAGCAGCAAGAGGAAAGAGGCAGGGCGGCUACGAGCAUGUUGUCGCUACACCCCUGUAUGCACUGCUCUGCUUCUUUUUCCAGACCAUCUCAGUUGCUGCAGCACCAGCGCGCUGAGCACGCCCACAAACCAGCUGGCUUUCUGUGCACGGAGUGCGGCAGGACCUUCAACUCACACAGCAACCUCCGCAUACACCUCAAUGUGCACACCGGCGCCCGGCCCUACUCCUGCUCCGAUUGCGGGAAGAGUUUUAGCCAGUCGGGGGCACUGAAGAUCCACAGGCGCAUUCACACCGGUGAAAGGCCGUACUCCUGUGGAUUCUGUGGCAGGGGGUUUCCCCAUCUGGCAGGGGUCCGCGCCCAUCAGAGGACCCACACGGGAGAGAAACCCUACCGUUGCAGCCAGUGUGGGAAAUGUUUCACCCAGUCCGGAGCUCUUAAGAUUCACACCCGCAUCCACACAGGAGAGAGGCCCUUCAUCUGCAGCCUCUGUGGGAAAGGCUUUUCCAACCGCUCUGGGAUCCGCUUUCACUACCGCACAGUCCACGGCCUGGCCCCCGAGCACACUGGAGAAGCUGGAGCUGGGGGUGCAACUCGGGGACCAGCAGGCCGUGGUUAUCCACCUGGGCGUCCCAGGACUUUUCCUCUGCCCGGUGUUGGGCUGAACACACCCAACAGCCCGGAUAGCAACUCGCAGACCGCUCCAAAUUCCAGAGAUUCCCCUGUGUCAACUGCUGCUCAUCCCGGCUCGACUCUGCUCGGCAGCAACGAGGGCAAAUCUCAGUCAGAGGGAGCCAAUCCAGGCAGUAACAGAGAGGGGCUUCUGUACGCAUGUGAAGACUGUGGCCUGUGUUUUAAGGAUGCCCCGUCCAGGAACAGACACCAGACUCUGAUGCACUACUCUUCUGAGGGGAGAGAGGAGGAGGAGGAGGAGGAGGAGGAGGAGGAGGGCCAGAGGAAAGAGUUAAGCACAAACGAGAGGGUCCAUGAUAACGGUGGAGAGUGAAUUAAUGUUGGUUCAUUUAAAAACAGGCUGAACAUAAACGAAUGUGGAAACCACAGAGUAAAUAAGUUUAAAAAAGUGUUGAAAUCAUUUGUGUGAAAUAUACUCUGUAGUUAAGUGUUAUUACUCUUUUUUUUUUUUAUUACAUUUUAAGUUGAUAUAGCUUCACUUCCAAGCUGUUAUAUAGAUUUUCAUGUAGUUUUUCAUUUGCAAAUUUGUAACACCAUGAAGGGUUUUCAAGCAGAGAUUUCUGAUUUGAUAGAAGUUCAGAUUGGUUGACUUUUUUCUCUAGCGAGGUGUCCACUUCCCUGUUUGUGCAGAUUCAUCUCUGCUACAGGGUGUAAGUCGAUCUUAAAAAUAACCUUAAAACCAACUUCUAAAGUAUAUUUCUUAAUACAGUUGUUUUAUUGUGCCUUACUCAGCAGUGGAAGAGGUUCGCAGACUGAUCGCUAAAUGUGGCACAACAAAUGACAUUUUUUAGGGUCUUUUAGGAACAUUUUCAGAUGUAUUGGAGGACUACCACUGCCACCUGAAUAUUAUUAUACGUACUGCCUUUUAAUAGGAAAAAGUACAGUUUUCUAUGUUAUUUUGUAUUUUGCCUCUAAAGAUUAUCAGUGUGAACAACAACAGUCAUAUAAGUUUAUUUAAAUUACGUUCUUUAAUAUUUUUAAUACCUUUAUUUCCCUUACAAAAUAUAAGACAAUCCAGUGGACUUUGCAUGGCAUAGAAAAUUAAGUAAGUAUGAAAUAAGGAGUUAAUUUUACUGAGUGUUUGUCACUUGUGGUAAAGUUUCUGCACAGCGGCAAAAGCCCAACAAAAAACAAGAAGGAUGCUGGGAUUGUUUUUAAUGUUAUGUUUUUGUGAUACUCUUAACCCAGCAGAGGAAACAAAAAAUAUUUUUAAUUCUGGUGGGCAACAACAUGACAACAGCUCUGGAGUUCGGUUGAGGUAUGUGUGCCUGGCUCAAGGAUACUGCAGUAGGUUGAACCAUGGGGGCUCUUGUCCAUGUGAAGUAAAGUCCUCCAUCCUAAUCACAACACCCCCUUGCCUGUUGUGCCUUUGUGUAUUACACUAUAAUCCAAGCAUUUAUUUUAAACCAGUGUUUGUUACUUUACUGUGUGUGUUAGAAAUGGACAAUGUAACAAUUAUCUGAGGAAAGAGAACCAGCAGACAAAUAAUCACAUUAUUGUUAAAUGUUUAAAGCUCAAGAGAGCCACCUAGUGGUUACACAUAAUCAUAGCAACAAUCUUUACCACUUAGUUACAGUGUACAAUUGAGUGCUUCUUAAAUGUUUUCUGUUUACAAAACAUAUUGAAAUUACACAUUGUGAAUACAAUGUUUUGUCAGGACAAGUAACAUUUAAUACACUUUUUUUUUGCAUUAACCUGUUAAAUAGACACACAUUGCUGUAUGUGUUUUCUGAAAGUGCAGCUUGUGAUUAAACAUUUCAUCAAUAAACAGUAUCUCUGAGA